UAAUCUGAAUUGCGUCCUCAAACGCAACACUGACGUUCACAUGUCGGUGCGAAACCAGCAGCUGUCGCGUUUGCUUGUUGGUUUGUCCUUCAAUUCAGACACGUACUCUUAACUUAGGAAGCAUGGCACGAGGACACCAGAAGAUCCAGUCGCAGCAGAAGAACGCCAAAAAGCAGGCAGAGAUGAAGAAGGCGAAGGGCCACGAUCAGAAGACCGCCGCCAAAGCUGCCCUGGUGUUCACCUGCUCUGUCUGCAAGUCUCAGAUGCCUGACCCCAAAACCUUCAAGCAGCACUUUGAGAGCAAGCACCCCAAAGCCCCCCUGCCCCCCGAGCUGGAGGGAGUGGAGGCAUAAGCGGCUGUCCCCCGGAGGCUCCAAACCAUGGAAGAUUUCACAGAACCAGCCUGAGCCAGUUGCCUGUAUUCACACAUGCGAGGUUUCUCCUGCCUGUCGAGUCCUACCUGUAUGUUCUGGUUAUUGGAUCCACGCAAACUCUGACCUGAGGCCACAGCAGAGCUGUUCUUUCAGCGACUCUGUGUUCAUUUUUUCAAUCAAACAGGUAUUUGCUGCUAGGUCAUGCAUCUCUUACUGACUCAUGCAUGUUGAACUGAGCUAAGAUUUAUAGACAACAUGCCAAAAGAGGUUUAAGGAAGGAUUUUUGGGUUAGGAGAUUUUUAACCUAUGCAGCUUUUCGAGACGAAAGUGACCUCAUUUCCUCUAAAAAAAAGUGCUUUAACAGUUAUGUCUAAAGGAGGCAGUGGAACCUGUGCGCACUGUUGAUCCUCUUUCUUGUUCAACUGCAAUACGUCUGCUAGCUGAUCCCUCCAUCUGCAUUGGCUCACCAUAAUGUGAAACUUUCAGCUGUUUCUAGGCUGCUCCACAAUUGAUGGUUUACAAAAUAAAUGUGAUCAUGCCAGCAGCAUUUAUGUGCUUGUGAAAUGGAAUGUAUGCUCCGAUGUAACAUAAAUUGUAUCUUAAUUUUGAAUUGUUAUAUAUAUAUAAUCUCCUUUUUGAGAUGUGUAAUGUAUUUGUAAAUUAUCAUCCGAAGGUUCAUGGGGGGAAAAUAUCAACUAACUGCAGUUUUCAAUAAAAAUACAGCUUAGACAAAUUUCUUUAAUCUGGCUUUAGAAAUGCUCUUUGAGUCGCUCCGUCUGCUUUUUAUCUUUGGAAAAGGUAAUCAAACUCAUCACUGAAAAGUUAAUUGCUGCUUUGCACUCAGUCAAGAACCAAAAUACAAAAAUACCUUUUUUUUUUUAACAAGGAUGUGAGAAAAAUCAGGAUAAUUUUAUUUGUAUUUUAUUAGAUGACUGCAGAAAACGGCUUAAAGUCCCACUCCCCCUACUGUCGAGGCGUUCCCUGCGGUGUUUUAAUUAUCAUCAUGCCAUUUUUAGGAAAAAUAAAAGAGAAACCUUUUUUUUUUUCCUUCUUUCUAGGACAUAGUUUCUGUAGAGCAGCAGUGGUUCAUUAGAAAUUCACCUUUGAGUUUUGGGAGCAACUCCGCCGCCCCUUCCCCUCCCCGUUGCUGAGAGAUCGGAGCUCUUUUGUACGUCACAAAUACGUUCUUUUUUUCAAACACCAUUUUGUUAUCUGUUCCUGAUUCACAAUGAUUUGAAUAAAGAAACACUCAGAAAUGCACAUUUAAGCUUAGUUUUCUUUAUAUCUCUGUCGUCAUUAGAAAAAAUCCUACGUUAAAAACACCCAAAAAACAUUUUUUAUUGGGGCGGGUUUUUGAAUUAAUAAUCAAACUGGUGCCCAUUCUGGAAAUGAGCGAGGAAAAAAUGCAUGAAUAAAAAUCAGUCUAAAAACA